AGAAAAAGGAAAAAAAAUGAAAUGAUCAAGAUGAGCAAAAGGUAUUUAUCCUGGCAAUCUAUCGUUUAGGUAUAGGUUAUUUCUGAACAAAGUUAAAUUCUCACCACCUUAGGAGGGAAUUAUCAUCUUAACUCCUUAAGACAGUGGCGCUAUUCCCUACUAUAUCAAGUUGUUUACACGUUUGCUUUUUAAUGUCCAAACGAUCAAUUUCAAAGAAAUUCAGUCAAAACUGAAGUUUUACGUUUUUCACAUGUAAAAUCCUAUAUAUGUUAAUUCCCAUAAGGACGUUGAGCAGCCCCAAGGCACGGGUUAAUCUCCACGUAUUUGGCUGAAAUUUUUUUUGUGAUCUACCUACACCUAAAGGAAAAAAAUGAGCAGGUGAGACAGUGAAUAUUCAACAAAAAAACUUAUGCUCUGCAAAUGUGGACAACCUAUACCUAGUAGGUAUAACUAACUAUAUACACCAACUUCCUAGGUGAUUGCUAAGAUAUCAAUCAUAAUGACAUUAAAAGCGGCAAGAUUUCGUCAAAAUUUAAUAACGAUCUGUAGAAAUUCAAAUGGAAUUCGGUACUGCCGUGGAUACUUAACAGUCUGGCGUUAUUAACUAUUAAAUAGGUACCUACUUAGGUAUCUUAUCUUCUUUAGGUUUCGUGAAUAGCUCAUUAACAAACAGAAAUUUUCAGUUUGAUCACUAUGUUCUUCAAACUACUUACAUAGGUAUGUGGAACAGAUCAUAGAUAGGUACGUGAUAUGUACAUAAGUUACAUACUUUCGCAUAUAAACCAAAAAAAAACUAGAAGUUACAAUUCCGUUGGCGGUCGUUGGUAUUCCUGUGAUCAAGCGUGCAAAUUUGUUGCUCCAAAAUUUGAAGGUAUACCUAUAACAGAAGACAAAGAAUCAUUGAAUUAGAACAUGAAUGUCAAGCUUUUUUCUCAUUUAUUGAUGGCACAUCUCUUAUCAGACUGGUGGCAUAUUUUCGGCCGAUGUGCCGAUCUGAAGAAGUUAGAGGAAGAGGACCUGGAGGUACUCAAACUGCUAACAACGAAUUCAUAUCUGCACCAAGCAGUGCGGAAACAUAUCGGUCUUCUAAGACGCGAUAUUAAUAGAGAACGACUUAGAAGGGAUGAUGUAAUAACAGAUCUUCGUUUAAAUCUCCGAACUGUUUAUGGGAUUAAAUUACGCGACUGGAUUGUAGAAGCGGAAAGAGAUUUCCCGCUCUGGUUGAGUGAUCUUGAUAUUAAUCGGUUUAUCAAGUGGGUAUUAGCUCUAAACUUCGCUCAAGAACCCAUUUUCGAUGAUUUGCGACGUUUCUUGGAAGAAAAUGUGGUCACAAUCGAGACAUUCGCAAACGAAAUGUGCUUGAUAUACGAAGAAAUGUCUGAAAAAUUCGCACAUGAAUUGCCCGGUAUCGAAGAUCCGACGCCAGACAGAAUACCACAAGUAUGCGAAAUAGUAGCUAGAAACAACGAAUGCAGACAACUCACAUGCAGCGUCCUAUUAAAGGCCAAAUUUGUUAGAACCAAGAAUGCUCCAUCAACUCAACUACUUUCAACAACUCCUGAUCCUUACCCAACCAAAUUUUACAUAAUUAUCAGGAAUAUUAAGAAAGGAGUGGAACAAGGUGAAUUAUUGACUUUGGAUAAAUUUACAAAGAAAAUAGAACAAAAUUCGGAAUUCAAAACCAAAGAGUGCAGUGCACCAUACUAGAAAAUUUCAUUAUAGAUAAUAGUAAACUCGAUAAUAUACAAUAUGCAAAAAUAAAUAAACUGAAUUUACCGACCAUAGUCAUUCGGAUAGGAUUUCCUAAAGCUUACCGAGGCCUAUCCGCCGACGACUUCGCCAAAACUUUGUCAGAACUCAAUGUUUUGAAGAAAAGUAUCAACGAUGACAUAAAAACAUUAGAUUCCGACGCAUCGAUUUUAAAUCCAACCGAGUUUAUUUCCCACGCAUGGUUCAGGUCAGGUUGAUCCUAAAGUACAAUAAAAGGACCCAUACGAUCCUAAGCAGCAGGUACCCACCUAAGUGAAAGCCAAUAGCAAGACCAUCACCAGCCGCUCAAUCAGCCAUCCCUCGUUCCCGCAAUUCCCACUUGAUUGUGCCUAAUUUUUAAUUCUGUUUUUAGAAACCUCUUUGUUUAAAUGUAUCUUCGUUGCUUCAAUUUCUAUAAUAGUUUCGCCAUCUUGUCACGUGCCAUGCUCUCGCUUUAUAUCAGUGAUCAUUAUAGGUAGAAUAUAGGUACCUAAAGAGGCAAGAUGGCACAACGUAAGGUUUGACCUUCUCCUCCUUAGUGACACUUAAUUCAAUGAAAAAUUCUGGCAAUGGAAGCAUUGGAAAGCUCUGAUGCUUUUACAUUUUGGCAUACUAUAAUAAGUCUCACAGGUACAAAUGAAGCAGGCUCCUAGAUUUAAUUCCAUGCUGUUGACUAUAAACCAAGUUUGCAUUUCUAGGAGGGUUUUUUCAGCUUCCUCAAAUGCUAGGGUCCAAGUUAUUCCUUUUAUUAUUGCUGUGGUGUCAUCUGCAAAUUGUAUAGGUAGUUUUAUUUUGUGUGCAAUGGGGAAAAUCAUUUACAUAUAUGAGAAAAAAGUAUGGCCCUAGAUUUGAUCCUUGUAGUACUCCCAUUGUAACGUAUUCUGGGUCAGAUAUUGCGAUCCCUUCUUUUGAAACAAGUUUUACCCUUUGAGUCCUUUGGGAUAGGUAAGAUUUUAUAUGUUUUUUGGCGACACCCCGAAUACCAUAAUGUUCCAAUUUAGCCACAAGGACAUUAUGUAUUAUUCUGUCAAAAGCUUUGGAGAGAUCACAAAAUAUGCCAAUAGGUUUUUCAUUAUUUUGUAGCAUGUCAGAAAUCGUAUUGACUAGUUCAUAGAUGGCAUCUGAAGUCACAAGUUUUGGUCUAAAUCCAAAUUGAUUUGGGUUUUUAGAAUAUUUUUGGAGUUGACAGUUGACAAAAGAUGAAAUCCGUGUAUAUAGAUGAUUUUUUCAAAAACUUUGGCAAAGACUGGUAUAGAUAUUGGCCGAAAAUUUGAGAUAUCAUUUUUUUGACCUUUGUUCUUGUAUGUAUACUGGGGUUGUUAUGCUAUGUUUCAAGCAGUCUGGGAAGACACCUUGUGCUAAACAAUCAUUGAAUAGUGAAGAAAGAACCUCAGAAAUAGCAUAUCUGGCAUCCCUUACUAGCUUUACAUCUAUGUUGUAUAUAUCUUUUGCUUUUGAGUUGUUUAAAUUUUCUAUUGUUUUGUUUUACACACCUCAAUAGGUGUGGUGGGGAGAUAAUGUGGAAAAAUUAAAUUACGGGUAAUUUUGGUAAAUUACAGUCAUUUUUGGUGAAUUGCGGGUAAUUUUGGUAAAUUACAGUCAUUUUUGGUCAGGGCUUCAAACCCAAACCCGUACCCGUACCCGAAUAAAAAUCCAUAAAUUUCUGUACCUGUACCAGAACCCGUACCUGAUAAAACUAUUUUGAACCCAAAUACUUGAUAGAUCGGGUAUUCCUUUGGGUAUUUCAUCAAAAUUGUAUCAAAAAUGGCGAAAAUUGAAGAAAAUCCCAUACCCAUACCCUUACCCAAAAAAUGUUGGAAUACCGUACCAGAUACCCUUACCCAAUCCUCUGAAAAAUUUUUCUGUACCCGUACCCAAAACCCAUACCCAAAAACGUUCGGGUUUGAAGCCCUGUUUUUGGUGAAUUGGUGGUAAUUUUGGUAAAAUCUUAAAAAUUUUGGUAAUUUUUACUUUUAGAAAUGUUGUUAAAUUACGGGACAUAUUGGUAAAUUGGUAAAUUACUGGUAAUUCAAUUUUAGUAAGUAACAUUAAGUAAGUUAUAAUUUUGGUAAAUUGUGGGUGAGUUUGGUAAAUUAUGAGUAAUUUGCACAAAUUUCAGGUAAUUUUAGUAAGUUAUGGUAAUUACGGUAAAUUACAAGUUAUUUUUGGUAAAUUGCUGGUAAUUUUGGUAAAUUUGUAAAUUAGCAAUAAUUUUAGUAAAUUACAAAAAUAAAAAUUUUUGAUAAAUUUCAAAAAUUUUGGUAAUCACAGGUAAUAUUGGCAAAUUAGUAAAUUACAUUACAGGUAAUUUUAGUGAAUAACGAGUAACUUAAAAAUUGAAAUUUUGGUAAAUUAUGGGUAAUUUUGGUAAAUUUUGAAUAAUUUGGACAAAUUACAGUUAAUUUUGGUAAGUUAUGGUAAUUUCAGUCAAUUACAAGUUAUUUUUGGUAAAUUGCUGGUUAUUUUGGGUAAAUUACAGGAAAUAUUGGUAAAUUAGUAAAUUCCAGGUAAUUUUAGUGAAUAACAGGUACCUUAAGAUCUUGGUAAAUUGCGGGUAAUUUUGGUAAGUUUGGUAAAUUACGGGUAAUUCGGACAAAUUACAGGAAAUUUUGGUAAAUUACAAGUUAUUUUUGGCAAAUUGCUGGUAAUUUUGGUAAUUUUGGUAAUUUAGUGAAUUAGAGAUAAUUUUGGAAAAUUAUGGCCACGAGUAAUAUUGGAGAAAACACUGGUACUUUAUUUUUGCAUUUUGGUGUGCUAGUAUUAUAAUUUAAUGAUUCUUUGUAAAUUUUUGGUCAAUGACUGAAAUUUUCAGGUUAAUUCCCAGGCCAUUUCUGGAAAAUUCCUGAUCGUGGUUUUUUUUGGUAAAUUGAAAUCAGACAUGAGUUCUUGCAAAUUAGGUAGGUACUGGUUAUUUUUGGAAAUUUUCAGAAAUU